AUGGCGACGCUGUGGAAUCGCGUGCAGCGCAUGUGGCGGGACCGGUGGCUGGGGCUCAUUCUCGGCAUGUGGCUGCAGGCGUGCGGGGGGAUCUCGUACGCGUUCUCGUUAUACUCCGCCGCGUUAAAAGACAAGCUACAGUACUCGCAGGAAGCCGUGGACGGCUUAGGAACGGCAAAGGACAUCGGCGGGAACGUGGGGAUUGUAUCGGGGCUGCUCAUCGACCUCAUGCCCGCGUGGGCUAUCCUCGCUAUAGGCGCCGCCAUGCAUCUGUUCGG